GAGCGCCUGCCGUUUCUUUGGGCGGGCCAGUGGGCGGGGCCUAAGCGGGCGGCGCGCCGCGGGCGGGCCAGUGAAGCCGGCGCCCCCGACACGUGAUCUGGAACCGGCUGUGUCGCUUGGUGACUCCGUCUGUCCGUCCGUCCGCGGGUGCCAUCAUGGCGGACGCGGCCAGUCAGGUGCUCCUGGGCUCCGGUCUCACCAUCCUGUCCCAGCCGCUCAUGUACGUGAAAGUGCUCAUCCAGGUGGGAUAUGAGCCUCUUCCUCCAACAGUAGGACGAAAUAUUUUUGGGCGACAAGUAUGUCAGCUUCCUGGCCUCUUUUGCUAUGCUCAGCACAUUGCAAGCAUCGAUGGGAAGCGUGGGUUGUUCACAGGCUUAACUCCAAGACUGUGUUCAGGAGUCCUUGGAACUGUGGUCCAUGGUAAAGUUUUACAGUAUUACCAGGAGUGCGAGAAACCCGAGGAGUUAGGAUCUAUAAAUGCACAAAAAGAAGGCUCAUCCUCCUUUGACCGAGUUAUCAAAGAGACAACUCGAGAGAUGAUUGCUCGUUCUGCUGCUACCCUCAUUACACAUCCCUUCCACGUGAUCACUCUGAGGUCCAUGGUACAGUUUAUUGGCAGAGAGUCUAAGUACUGCGGCCUGUGUGACUCCAUAGUAACCAUCUACCGGGAAGAAGGCAUCGUAGGAUUUUUUGCGGGUCUCAUUCCUCGCCUCCUUGGUGACAUCAUUUCUUUGUGGCUAUGUAACUCACUGGCUUAUCUCAUCAAUACCUAUGCACUGGACAGUGGGGUUUCUACCAUGAAUGAAAUGAAAAGUUAUUCCCAAGCUGUCACAGGAUUCUUUGCCAGUAUGUUGACAUAUCCCUUUGUGCUUGUAUCUAAUCUUAUGGCUGUCAACAACUGUGGGCUUGCUGGUGGAUCUCCUCCUUACUCCCCAAUAUAUACUUCUUGGAUAGAUUGCUGGUGCAUGCUACAAAAAGCGGGAAAUAUGAGCCGAGGAAACAGCUUGUUUUUCCGGAAGGUUCCAUGUGGGAAGACUUACUGUUAUGACCUGAGAAUGUUAAUUUGAAGAUGUGGGGCAGGGACAGUGACAUUUCUAUAGUCCCAAUGCACAGAAUUAUGGGAGAGAAUGUUGAUUUCUAUACAGUGUGGCACGCUUUUUUAAUAAUCAUUUAAUCUUGGGAAAAUGGA